GCAGUUUCUAAGGAUAAACGUCAAUAUGUGCCUUUGGCUAUCUCGCCUGAAAUAAUCGCUUGCACAGCGGCAGCACUCCCAUCAACCCACUGCCUAAGCCUAGCCAUAAGAAAAGGGCAGCAAUUCCUGGUUAAAAGAAUGCUGCGUCGACGUCCGAGCCUGAUUGAAUAUCCGGCUUCCAACGGAUUCCUGCCACUUGCCAAUGCCAUUAUUCAGGGCGAGAUGUGCAUCAUUGACUUGCUGCUCUCGGCCGGUUGCAGCGUCCACAUCGGAAAUCCGGGAAGCGGCCGGACUCCUCUGCACCUGGCUUUCUACUACGGUCACCAGCCAUCCGCUCGUAUUCUUCUGAACAAGAAGGCCCGCCUGGAGGCAACGGACAGCAACGGCAUGACUCCCGCCCACUGCGCCGUCGAUGCCAAUCAGCUGGAAAUGGUAAAGUUCGCUCUCGAUGCUAAGGCGAAUGUUGAAGCCAGAGACAUCUACGGCUGGACCCUUCUUAUGCGUGCAGUGGUUAUGAACGCUAGCAUGGAGCUCAUCAAAGUCCUUGUUACGCACGGCGCAGACUUGGCGACUUUGGAUGGUGUUGGCAACACUUGCACCGACUUGGCAAAACUUUAUCACAGACAGGAUGCAAAGGAUUACUUUGACAAGGUGCAAAAGUUUAGGCUGGAGAAAUCAGACGCGACCGCAGACGCAGUGGCAAAGGCCCAAAUGCGAUAACAAGAAAAUGGGUUUUGGCCACAAAAAAG